AUGAACGCGAGUGCACUCCUCACAGCCCAAGGCUGGAGAGGCAAAGGUCACUCGCUUCACAAGACGGACGACACUGUCGGCCUCUCCAAACCACUGCUACUCAACAGAAAAGACAACACGAGGGGCAUCGGCGCCACACAACACUUCACCAGCGACCAGUGGUGGAUGAACGCAUUCGACGAACAGCUCCAAGGCCUCGACACGUCGAAGAAGGGCAAGGUUGUGCAGACCAUCACCACCGGCAAGCUCAACGCCAUCGAGAAGGGCUCGCUCGGCAAGUACUCGCUCUACACCACCUUUGUGCGCGGCGGCUUCCUCGAGGGCACCAUCGCGGCCCUGAACAAGCGCAAAGACUCCGACGACUCCGACGACUCCGACGACGAGUCGACCACCGAGCCCGGCUCCGACGCCGCUGAGAAGCGGGCCAAGAAAGCAGCGCGGCACGCUGGGGAGACCAAGGAGGAGCGCAGGGCGCGCAAAGAAGCCAAGCGCAGGCGCAAGGAGGAAAAGGCUCAGCAGAAACAAGAGCGCAAGUCAAAAAAGUCGGGGUCGAAGUCGGACUCGAGCGAUGACGCGGCCAAGGAAAAACGACGCCGGCGAGCACGGAAAGAAGAAAAGAGACGGCAACGAAAGGAACAGGACGGAAAGUAG